CAGGGGUGGUGCGUCUUACAUUGGAGAAGAGGGGGAGGGGAAGGGGGAGGAGGAGGGGAGGGGGGAGUGGUUGUUUAGUGGGAUGAGGGUUUUUGCGAGGGGGCAUGGGGUGUGAAGAUAUAGGACGGGUUGAGUGUGGGUUUUGGGUGGAAUGGGAAGUGGCAGCUAUACAGCAGGCCUACGUUGUCGAAUGAGCUCGGCCUGGCACGGAAUAGGGGUACCAGUGCUUAUACGGAACCGGGGACGCUGUGGAGGCUAUAGUUCACUUCGACGAUCCGCCCGCCGGACUUGCACGCACGAACCGAAGGCUGCUGGCACGGAGAAUGGGAAGUGUUGACUUGAACUAUGCUUCAGCAUGCUUUGGACUCAACAGCUUCGAGAAGUCCUUGCUCAAGCACCUUGGAUAUAGGUCAAUUAGCCUUCAACUUGGCGUAACAUACCGAUCCAAAACCUGCUCUAACAAAACCCGUCCAAAACACAUCUCCUUCCUCGCCACAUCAUUCAACGCCUCCCAAGGCUCCAACCACAUAAAACUGUCUUUCCACACCGCAGCCCACCACACCGACGCACUCCACGCCAUAAAGAGCGCAUACACACACACCAGCCCGAUCGUAACCCACUCCACUUCGUUCAUUCCGUCCCUCGUGAAUGGUUUUCGUAGGCCCCGGGUCAGGGAGAUGAUGAUUGUGCCCCAAGGGUUGAGAAGUGUGAAUCCGGUCCAAGCGCGUAUGUUCAAUAACCAACUCACACUAUGCAACCACGGACUCACCAUCCCCCUCCCCACAUCUCUCCCCGGCAUCGGUAUCCUCUCAUACGGCGCAAACGCAUAGAACAACAUCGCGCUCACAUUCGACGUAUGCGCCCCCACCAAAACAUGCGUCCCCCCCAACAACAACACGAGAUUGAUGGCUUCGAGGAAGGAGAAGGAGAGGAGGUGGUGUAUUGCGUUUGUGGUUAGGAGGGUUAGGGGACGGGAGAUUGUUGAGGGGAGGAUUGAGG